AUGGUGGGGCUAUGGACCACGACGACUCGUGCACUCCUACGGCGCCGUGGCUUGACGCGUCUGGUAUCGACGCAGACAUCAAAACCAGAGACAUCUUUCUAUGAUUUAGUGGUGAUUGGUAGUGGACCAUCUGCGACGCAAUGUGCGCUUGAAUCGGCCAAGCAAGGCAAACGCGUAGCCAUUGUCGACAAGAAGACGCGUUUGGGCGGUGUGUGUGUACACACGGGUACAAUACCAUCAAAAACGUUUCGGGAGGCGGUACUUCACUUGUCUGGCUAUCGUCAUCAUGGUUUUUAUGGUAAAUCAUACAGUAUGAAGACGGUUACGAUUCAGGACAUUCUGUAUCGUGUACAGCGUGUCGUGAGCUCGGAAGAAGACGUGGUGCGUGCACAGCUCAAGGCCGCUCGUGUGGACGUCAUUCCUGGUUUUGCACGCUUUGAAAAUGAGCAUGAGAUUUCAAUUGUAAGAGAAGACGAUGACACAUCUGAGACGAGUCAGUGCAGCAAUGUAGACGCGCUUUCUCGCGUUAAAGCCGACAAAUUUCUUAUUGCAUGUGGUACGCGGCCUGCCCAUAGCCCGCUCGUGCCUAUUGACGGAAAAGUUGUGAUUGACAGCGACCAGAUUCUCAGUCGUGACAUACAUCAAUUGCCACGCUCGCUCAUUGUCGUGGGUGCUGGCGUUAUCGGCAUAGAGUACGCGUCCAUGAUAAAUGUGGUACCUGGCCACUCAGUCACGGUGGUCGAUGGACGCCCAGAUAUCUUGUCCUUCUGUGACCACGAGAUCAUCAGUAACCUCACGUACGAGAUGCAAAGCAAUGGUGCACGCUUCCUGCUUGGCGAGACUGUCAAAAAAGUCGAGACGACGGAAAAGCGAGUGAAAGUUUUCUUCAAUAGUGGCAAGGUGCUCAGUGCAGACGCUCUCCUGUACACGGUGGGUCGUCAGGCGAGCACGGACGGACUAAACCUGGAGGCAGUAGGGCUUGCGCGUAAUCAUCGUGGUCUUAUUAAUGUGAACAAGAACUACCAGACGGACCAGCCUCACAUCUAUGCCGCAGGUGAUUGCAUCGGCGCGCCGGCGCUUGCGUCCACAAGUAUGGAGCAGGGUCGCCUGGCAUCGUGCCACAUGUGGAACCCAGACGAGGAACUCGCCGCAACGAGUCAGCUAGAGAAUGGUAAUUACCCGUAUGGCAUCUACACGAUUCCAGAAAUCUCGAUGGUGGGCUUGACGGAGCAGCAGCUUACGAAAGAUUGUAUGAACUACGAAAUUGGUUUAGCAAAGUACUCGGAACUUGCAAAGGGCCAGAUGAUGGGCGCAAUAGCUGGUGGCACCCUGAAGAUCUUGUUUGAUCCCGACACCCUCAAAUUGCUUGGUGUGCACGCCAUUGGAGAAGGCGCCACAGAGAUCAUUCACAUUGGACAGGUCGCUAUGGCCAUGGGUUGCUCACUGACGUAUUUCCGCGAUGCUGUAUUCAACUACCCAACACUGGCGGAAGCCUACCGCGUCGCUGCCUUGAACGGAUUGGGUCGUCUCAGUCGUCACACCGAAGAGCACUAA